GCAUGCAUUUUGGCUCAACCGCGUAAGGUUGUCUGGCGCAAGCCGACUAUAGUGCGACCAAAUCCAGCGUGUCAGUACGUUGUUUGUGAAUCCUUUCCGUUUUGUGAGACAGCAUGGCGCGGGUCCUCUUGUUGCUCACUCUUGCGGCAUAUGCGCUCGGAACACGCCACGAGAUAAAUCUUGCCGGCGCAGGUGGUUCUUCCCGCACAGGCGGCAGCGACAAGCUCGGUUCGCACAGCUUGCUCAGCAAGGACAACGUGACCCUUGGCUCUGAUAGCAAUGGCAGCGACGCCAGUGGCGUGCGGAGUUUGCUCAACAAGAGACUCUCGAGAGAUUUCAGUUCAUGCAUGAAAGUAGAAGACGUGCCGAAAAACUUCUGGCACACGCGUACAUUCGGCUACAUCUGUGAUGACCGCGGUGACGGCUGUACGAAUGUGUACUUCGACAAGAACAAGAACACUGGCAUGUACAUUGCACGUGUGUCGGACAACUGCUGCGGCUGGGGCGGUGCCGAUGUGAACAUCGGUGGCGAAUUCCAAGCAACAGACAAGGUCAAGUUGACAGGACGCUGCGGAAGUUGCACCGCAGGCUUCAAUGAAGGAAGUGCUUACACAUACUCGAAGCUCGAAAACGCGGCGGUCGUUAGAUGUUGAUGGUGAUUCUUGAGCCACCAGUAGUCAUGUCCAACACACUUAUCACCAUCACCAUUUACACCAUCAGUAUUCUUCGCACCCGACUCAGUCUUGCAACGGCGGGCGACCUACCAAUCCCCACUUCAAGCGAGUCAUGUCGGGCCGCUGUGCAUUUCAUUUGCUGGAAGCUUGAAGUAGCAUCAAGCUUCCACUUAGAGCAACUUCCACGCAGCAGGGACGACAUCCUGUGCAAGUCAGUUGCCGAUCUCCUGCGAUCACAGGGCAAUGGGGGAGGGACCCCAUGGUUAGGAUGCAAGUCCUGGAAGAUUGGAUUCAGCAUCUGCGCUAGUAGAUCCGUGGCUGAAAACAUGCCUCGUCCGGCAUGCUCCCCUGCAAUUCCGUGCACUCCCGUGGAGUCUGGCCCAGUCUGGCUUCGUCCUGGGCUGAAUCUGCAUUCAUAGGGAUCAACGGCCUCUGCUUGUGCUUGCGCAGACCCCUCGGGAGCCGCCUCCCAACCAUGGACUUACCAGUUUGAAAC